AUGAGGUCGUUUAUUCAGGAGAAAGUCCAGAAGAGAGACGUGGAGAGAUACAGCGACAAGUACCAUCAAGCAGGACCAGACCAGGACCAGGACCAAGCCAUAGACUGGAACCGGUUUCCCAAAGAGCUCAGAGUGCGAUCACACAAGCCCCGCCCCCCAGGCCCCAAAGUGAUGUCACGCUCCAAACGAGAGGACGCCGAGAACGCCAAGAACACAGAGAUGACCAGGAACCUGAAGAACCAGAAGGACCAGAAAGGCCAGAAGGACCAGAUGAACCCUCCGUCUGAAGCUGGAGAGAAGCAGGACGUUCUGCAGAAACUGGAGAGUCUGGAGCAGAAGGAGCCUCACAGUGAUGAAGAGGAGGAGGAGGAGAAGAAGCCUGAAGAAGAAGAGGAGGAGGAGCAGGUGGACGAGGACGACUUUGAGGAGGAUACAGAUUACAUCAUGUCGUACUUCGAUAACGGAGAAGAGUUUGGAGCCGACAGCGACGACAACAUGGACGAAGCUCGCGCCCCCGGAACGAGCCGAAGCCUCACGGAAACACCCGAGCGGAACCUCCACGCGCCUCGGAGCUGUUCGGGAGUGUUCGGGUGUUUCCGGAGCAGUUCGGAGGCGCUCGGGAGGACAGUCGGGAUGUCGCGGCUCCUGGAGAAGAAAGCGGAGAAAAUGAAGGAGAACAACGCGAAGAACAAGGAGAAGGAGAAAGGUCUGAGGCUGCGGGAGAAGGAGGCGCGGGAGAGGGAGGUGCGCUCAGGAAACGGCCACCUCUUCACCUCCAUCACCGUCUCCUCCACCACACUCUGCUCCUCCUGCAACCGCAGCAUCACAGCCAAGGAGGCGCUGAGCUGCCCAGGAUGUAAUGUGACGAUUCACAACCGCUGCAGAGACAGUCUGCCCUGCUGCGCCAAGAUGAAGCAGAAGCAGACAAAGUUAACUUUAUCCAGAAACAGUUCAACUCUGCAGAACGUCUCCAUGAGGAGCAAGAGUCAGUUGAAGGAGCGUCCGACUUCUGCCAUUUACGCGUCAGAUCUGCGUCUGUCCAAACGAGUGCGAUCCAGUCUCUCCCUCUCCAAGAGUGUGUCUACCAAUAACAUCGCAGGAGCCGGAGAGGAACCUGUCGGUCUGCGGCGGAUUCUGUCACAGUCGUCUGAGUCUCUGAACUUCAGGAGCCGGACUCUGAGUCUGGAGAGUCUCACUGACGAAGCGGAGCAGUGGUGGAGCCCCCUGCUGGAGGAGCUGCAGAACGACACCCGGGGCCUGAGCCUGGACAGCUGGUCCUGUGUCGUGGACCAGAACUUCCUCCGAACGCAGCACAAGGACGUCAUCAAACAACAGGACGUGAUCUAUGAGCUGAUGCAGACGGAGCUCCAUCACGUGCGUACCCUGAGGAUCAUGGAGCUGUACCGGCGGGGGCUGGUGGAGGAGGUCCAGCUGGACUCUGGACUGGGACACUCCCUGUUCCCGGUUCUGGACCAACUUCUAGAGCUUCACACCGGGUUCCUACAAGACCUGAUCCAGAGACGAGAGGAGGGGAGGGAGGGGGAGGGAGAGCGGGGGAGAAACGCCAACUAUGUGGUGAAGAGGAUCGGAGACAUACUCAUCAAACAGUUCUCAGGGUCAAAUGCAGAGGAGCUGAGGAAGGUGUACGCUGAGUUCUGCAGUCGACAUCCCAAAGCUGUGGCUCUUUAUAAAGAAGUGUUUACACGAGACCGGAGACUGCAGGGCUUCAUCAAGCGUGUGACCCGUGGCCCGCUGCUCCGUCGUCAUGGUGUUCAGGAGUGUAUCCUCCUCGUGACGCAGAGAAUCACUAAGUACCCGGUUCUCCUGCAGCGCCUCCUGGACUGCACUAAAGAUCCAGAAGAGUCCCCGCUCCUCUCUAAAGCUCUGCGUCUCCUCAAAGACCUCCUCUCCUCGGUGGACAGGGAGGUGCUGGAGCAGGAGAGGAGGUGCAGACUGCAGGAGGUGCAGAACCGUCUGGAUCCUCGAGCUGAGGCGUCGGUCAGAGGAGGUGUCUUCAGGAGCGGAGAACUUCACCGACGAACGCUCCUCCAUGAAGGAGCAGUGCUGUGGAGGCUACAGGGCUCCCGCAUGAAGGACGUCCACCUGUUGCUCAUGAAUGAUGUGCUGGUUUUCCUUCAGGACAAAGACCAGAAGUUCACUUUUGCUUCUCUGGACAAGUCCCCGGUGGUGUCGCUCACUGGGCUCAUUGUCAGAGACAUCGCAAAUCAAGAGAAAGGUCUUUAUCUGAUCAGUGACUGCACUCCUCCUGAAAUGUACGAGAUCCACACCAGGAGCAAAGAGGAGCGCAAGGCCUGGAUCAACCGCAUCCAGCAGGCUGUCAUCAGUUGUCCGUCUCGAACCGAGUUCCCGUUGAUCGAGACCGAAGACAAAGCUUUGCUGCGCCGCCUCAGAGCUGAGAUCCAGCAGAAGGACCGGGAGGUGCUGGAGCUACUGCAGGAGAGACUGACCCUGUUCUCAGACCUGGUCCAGAUCACGAGUCCAGAGUCUGAGACCGAGACCAGACCCAAGACCGACCUGCACCGACGGAUGUUCCGCUCGGACAGUGGCACCGCCCCCCAGGGAGAGCCGCUGCUGAACGGGGCCAUCACCGAAGUGGAGAAACUCAGCGAGAUCCUGAUGAACUGCAAGAUCCAGAGGAAUCAGCCAAUCAACGAGGCGCCGCUAAAUGGAUGUGUUCAGAUCAACGGCUCCAGCAAAGAUAAGAAUGGGAACCAGCAGGGGGCAGCACUGAGUCAGGAAACGUGUAGACGACUGGUGGCUCUGAGCUCCCAACUGCACGCUCUGCAGGCCGCUGUCAUUCGUCAGGAUUCGCUGCUGGAGUUGUCCAUCAGGUUAGGUCCCGCCCCUCAGAGCACAGGGCCGGGCCAGGACGGGGAGGCGGGGCUUCUCCGUCGCCAAGUAUCGCUUCUCCAACAGGAAGUGACCCGUCUGCACGCUCUAAUCCCAUUGGCCGAGCUGAGACGCCACUCCCGAGCUCCAAUGGCGGCGAAGGAGGAGGACGCUGUGGACACGAGCAACGAGAAUGUGUCGCAGCGAUCGGACAGUCCCAGAGAUCUGCAGGACAUCCCAGAGGAGAGCGAAACCUGA